UACACUUAAAUCCCUCCCACUGGAACAGCCGGCUCCAGUUUCACCGAGCCAGCGAGCCAGCGUGAGAACAGAUCCUGCUCCUCAGCCCUCGGCACCUUGCACGGAAGACUCCGCAUCCCAGCACUGUCCACCUCGGCUUUAGGUGCCAGAUGGAAGGAGUUUUCCUUGUUAGGCCCUCAACUCACAGAGCUGGCUCCAAAUAGAGUACUCAAAGCAAGAAAGAAGACCAGUACUCCCUCCUUCAAAGCCACCAACGACAUCCUGGUCAAAGAAGAGUCAGCAGUGACCACACACUGAGCAGACCAGACUCCAAAUACAAAGGACAAUGAGUCUCCUAAAGGAACGGAAACCAAAAAAGCCACACUAUAUUCCACGGCCCCCAGGAAAGCCAUUCAAGUACAAAUGCUUCCAGUGUCCUUUUACAUGCAAUGAGAAGUCACAUCUUUUCAAUCACAUGAAGUACGGUCUCUGUAAAAACUCUAUUACUUUAGUGUCAGAGCAAGAUCGUGUUCCCAAGUGUCCCAAAUCUACUUCACUGGACCCUAAGCAGACCCACCAGCCAGAGCCCACCUCAAAGCCAGUCACUUCCAAGUCUCUCCCAAAUGGACUCUCCAGCUUUGAUCCAAAGUCUCAGCAGGGCUCUGCAAAGGAAGAGGCCAAAGAGAACCUAGAAAUGCAGGCCCGGGGGACCCACAAGGGUCCCCAGAAAACAGCCCUACAGAAAGAAGUGACAUCAGAAGCCAUUCUUAGCACCCAGCCUGGCCUAGACAGUGGGGCUAGAUCUUCAGCAUUUGUUCCAGUUGGGGAGCACAGACUUAGGGGACCAGAAGACACAGAGGCUUCUGAAAUGCUGGCAUUAACCAGCUCCACCACCAAAGCCACCUCUUUUCAUGCCAAGUCUGCAUUCCAUACUCCUGGUUACCCCUGGAAAGCUGGCUCCCCAUUUCUGCCACCAGAGUUUCCACAUAAAAUCCCAUCUUCAAAGGGGUUUGGUGCUAUCUCCCCCUAUAUGCACCCUGCAAUCCCAGAGUACCCCCAUCCCUUUUAUACAGAGCAUGGGCUGACUGCCAUCUAUUCCCCCUACCUCCUGACUGGGAACACACCUGAGUGUGACACCACUUUGCUGUCUGUCUAUGGGUCCCAAGAUCAAAGACACUUCCUGUCUCAUCCUGGACCAAUCCCCAAGCACUUGAACACAACUCCAUCAACAUAUGACCACUACAGAUUUUUCCAGCAAUAUCACUCAAAUCUGCCAAUUCCUUAUGGAUUUUACAGACCAGAGUCUGCAUUUCCCUCCUACAGUCUCAGGCUCCCACCUGUCACUGGUAUCACAAGAGAUCAGAGCUCUCGCCUGUUUGAAGGAGCAGCCCUGGCUUACCCAGCCUCGAGUCCCUCCGAGUUAAAUCUUUCAAACUCCCACAGAAAACACAUGGAGUUUGAGAAGGAAAGUCCAGUUCCUGAGGCAAAAGAUCCUUCUAAAGACGGGCAAAGGGAUGCAGAGGAGGCGAAAAUGAGCCCCCGAGCAGGGAGCGCUGCCACAGGCUCCCCAGGAAGACCAAGCCCUACCAAUUUCACUCAAACAAGUCAAACAUUUGAAGGCUUGUGUGACCUCUCAAACAAAGCAGCCUCCUCGGGAACCCUGGAACGACUCCAGCAGCCUGAGCAGAGCCCCACUGCCUUCAAACCUGUCCAGAGGAGCUCAGAAAGUCCUCACUCUCAGCCUCCUGCAAACAGAGCAGAGUCUCCAAAAAGCCUUCAGGCCAUGAACAGUGACUCUCCAGCCCAGAUAGAAACCAGUUCCUCUCUCAUCACAGAGGCGUCACCUUCCAGCCCAGAGGACCACUCCAGGAUAGCCCCCCUCAAUCUCUCCAAGAAGUUGGAGACAAACCCUGCAGCCACUUAUGGGCCCAUGUAUGUGGACAAUGCCCAGGCAGACACCCUGGGCUUCUCAGGGCUGCAAGACCUGCCACUCAAUCUCUCUGUAAAGGAUUCCUGCAAUGCCUGGGCUCCUAGGCCUGUCUUCCCCAGCCCACCGCAAGGUGCAGAACCUACUGCUGCUCCCAAGACUGAGACAAAAGGUUCUGAAGGUAGGACAAGCCAUGUGGAGACACAUCAAGACAAGGCCCACAGCAGGAAAACCCCAGAUGUACACACGGUAGACAGCAGUGAUGAACAGAAGCAGACAGCAGCUGUAGCGCUCUGUCAGCUGGCAGCCUAUAGCCCAGGGAAUGUCCGAGUGGGCGAUGACGAGAGCACAGCCCAGGAAUCCACCUGUCAAGACGUGCCCACCCACAGUUCCACAGGGAACCAGGGGGCUCACAGUGACCUCAGACCCAAAGGACAAAAGAGGACAAGUCAAAGGGAUGCAGGAAAAUCCCAGCAAGGAACUAAAAAGCCAAAGCUGAACAAUGCCGUACCAAGAGUGCUCACUCUACGCAAAAGAACCCGGGUGUCCUGAGACCUCACGCGCUCAGUGCUGUGGCUGAAAAGAUGCCUCUUACACCAUGUUCUAAGCAGCAUCUUCACUUUUUUUUUUUUUUUUUUUUUUUUUGCUUUUUUGGAGGAGGUACAGUCUUGCCAUGUUGCUCAAGCUGGCGUCUAACUUGUGAUCUUACUGCCUCAGCCUAAGUGCUGGGACAACCAGGACACCCACAGUUUACCUUCACUUUUUAUCAAGCCAAUUUUUAUAAAUACAGUUUCUCUUUCCUUCUCAAAAAAAAAAGACAAAAGGCUGUAAUCUUGUUCAGUUUUUUGUAAACAUUACGAAUAAAUAUUAAAAGGUGUUUCUACUUCUGGUUUUAAAAAACAUCCGAGUUCUUAUGCUCUCCAAGACUGAUGAAUUAAACUGGGCUUUCCUGUUUGUGACACAUCAGGGAAAUAUACAGAACUGAAAAAUAGCUCAGCAGUGUGAGUCAGUGUGAGAAAAGACCUUUUAUAUGUACUAUUUUCAGAACUAGUAAACUUUUACUGUUUUCCUUUUAAAUAUAGUUACGUGUUUUGAUGCUAGAAAGAUCUUCAGUUUGAGCAUCAAGUGUUACAUGUAAAAAUUGUUGUGAUUAGUUUUUACUGAACUGCCCACAAGCAUCCAGAGAUUGACUUUACAAGUAAUUUAUUUCCAUCAGGGAAAUACAUUGCUGGUAAAGGUAUGAUCCAUUUAUUCUACUUGUUUACGAUGUCACAGCAAACUUUCUCACUUAGCCUUGCAUUCAACUCCCUAAAAUGAUGUACAUGUUGUUAAUUUUCCAAUAAACUCUUUUGUGAACUUUGAGAACACACAGA